GGUCUUUUCGUUAUAGAGGGCGGAACGCGCGCACCGUGGAAGCAAGAAGCAUGGCGACUGAUUUGGUUGUUCGUGUCCAUCCAGUGGUAUUAUUCCAGAUUGUAGACUCAUAUGAACGGCGAAAUGAAGAUGCUAGGCGCGUCAUAGGAACCUUGUUAGGGACGGUGGAGAAGGGAGUGAUAGAAGUUACCAACUGCUUCACAGUUCCACACAAUGAGUCGGAAGACGAGGUUGCUGUAGAUAUGGAAUUUGCUAGAAAUAUGCACGACCUACACAAAAAGGUCAACGCAGCCGAAGCGAUAGUUGGAUGGUAUGCGACGGGAAACGACGUGACGGCCUAUUCCGUCUUGAUACACGAGUACUACACUAGAGAAUGCCACAAUCCCAUACAUCUCACCGUCGACACGCCACUGAAAGGCUCUCGCAUGGGAAUGAACGUUUACGUCAGUUCAUCAAUGGGCGUACCAGGAAAGAGCGUAGGCACUAUGUUCACACCCAUACCCCUUGAAAUGACCUACUGGGAGCCCGAGAGGACGGGAGUGAAUUCGAUAGCGAAGGGCAAGUACAAUGUGAAGCGGACGGUGAACAUGGUGUCCGACCUUCAGCGCGUCACCGAGGCCUCGUCGCAUAUACAGGAGAUGAUGGACACCGUCAUCAGCUACGUCGACGACGUCAUCGAUCUGCUGAUGGUCGUCUACCUGUCCAACCUGACUGCGACACAGCUGGCUCUGAGCGAAAAAAUCAGCCUGCUAUAGUGGCGCCAUCUCACGAUCGCCGCGCGCUCACCACACCGACGAAAGCCCACAGAGUGCGAAUCGGAGAGCGCGUCCGAUAACGAUUCGGUUUCGGAUGCGAUUGAAACAUCAUUAUGAUUAUUAUUAUAUAUUAUAAUUAUAAUAUUAUUAUUAAUGUAAUGCGGUUGGUGUGUAUGACGUACGAUUUUGUGUAUCAUGUCACAUGGGGCCGGGUAGGUGUGGUGCAAGCGUCCUACCAGAAAGUUAUGAAAAAAAGGAAAGCGAUCGUAACACAAAAAUAAAACAGAAACGUGUACAUAUAACAUU